CGGAGCUCAUGUGAAAGCCUGCACUCUUCCCCGACGGACUGCACGCGCGGAGAGCGACGGAGCGGUGAAAUGGAUGAUGGAAAGCCGGUGUGGGCGCCCCACCCUACGGAUGGGUUCCAGCUGGGCAGAAUCAUCGACAUCAGUGCCGAUAGUCUGACCAUCGAGCCUCUCAACCAGAGAGGGAAGAAUUUUCAAGCUCCUGUCAAUCAAGUCUUCCCUGCUGAAGAUGAUGUCAACAAACAUGUGGAGGACAACUGCUCACUGAUGUACUUGAAUGAAGCCACGCUACUAAAUAAUGUCCGUGUGCGCUACAGUAAAGAUAAGAUUUAUACGUUUGUUGCCAACAUCCUGAUUGCUGUGAAUCCAUAUUUUGAGAUUCCCAAGCUGUAUUCUCCAGAGACCAUUAAACAGUACCACGGCCGGUCGCUGGGCACGCUGCCUCCUCACGUCUAUGCAAUUGCGGAUAAAGCUUAUCGUGACAUGAAGGUGUUAAAGAUGAGUCAGUCCAUCAUUGUGUCGGGAGAGUCAGGAGCCGGAAAAACCGAAAACACCAAGUUUGUUCUCAGGUACUUAACUACAUCUUAUGGUACAGGUCAAGACAUUGAUGAAAGAAUAGUUGAAGCAAACCCACUGCUCGAGGCGUUUGGAAAUGCCAAAACUGUCCGAAACAACAACAGCAGUCGCUUUGGGAAGUUUGUGGAGAUUCACUUUAAUGAAAAGAAUGCAGUAGUAGGUGGUUUCGUGUCCCAUUACCUGCUGGAGAAGUCCCGUAUCUGCACGCAGGGCCAGGAGGAGAGGAACUAUCACAUCUUCUACAGGCUGUGCGCUGGAGCUCCUGAAGACAUCAAGGAGAAGUUCCACCUCAGCUCUCCAGACUGCUUCAGGUAUCUAAGUCGAGGAUGCACAAGGUACUUUUCUACCAAGGAUUCAGACAAGCUGAUACCUCAAAACCGCAAGAGUCCAGAGGAUGAGAAGCAUCUGAAGGCAGGUCCUCUAAAAGACCCUCUACUGGACGAUCAUGCCGACUUUAACAGAAUGUGUGUGGCCAUGAAGAAGAUCGGUCUGGAUGACACGGAGAAGCUCAACAUGUUCAGGGUGGUGGCUGGGGUGUUGCACCUCGGAAACAUUGAUUUCGAGGAGGCUGGAAGCACCUCAGGUGGCUGUGUCUUGAAGAAGACGUGCAGUCAGCCGUUAGAGUUCUGUGCGGAGCUGUUGGGUCUGGAUGAGGAAGAUCUGAGGGUCAGUCUGACCACCAGAGUCAUGCACACCACUGCAGGGGGCGCUAAAGGCACAGCCAUCAAGGUUCCUCUGAAGGUGGAGCAGGCCAGCAGUGCUCGUGAUGCUCUGGCUAAAGCCAUCUACAGCCGUCUCUUCGAUCACGUGGUCACCAGGAUCAACCAGUGCUUCCCCUUCGACUCGUCUGCUCACUUCAUCGGUGUGCUGGACAUCGCUGGCUUUGAGUAUUUCGAGCACAACAGUUUUGAGCAGUUCUGCAUUAACUACUGUAAUGAGAAACUCCAGCAGUUCUUCAAUGAGCGCAUUCUCAAAGAAGAGCAGGAAUUGUAUCAAAGAGAAGGUCUGGGGGUCAAUGAGGUCCAUUACGUUGAUAAUCAGGACUGUAUAGACUUGGUGGAGGCGAAGUUAGUUGGCGUCUUGGAUAUCUUGGAUGAAGAGAACCGGCUACCUCAACCCAGCGACCAGCACUUCACUGAAACCGUCCACGGCAAACACAAGGACCAUUUCCGCCUGACUGUUCCCAGAAAGUCCAAGCUGACAGUGCACAGGAACGUCAGAGACGACGAGGGCUUCAUCAUAAGACACUUUGCUGGAGCAGUCUGCUAUGAAACGACUCGGUUUGUGGAGAAGAAUAACGAUGCUCUUCACACUUCCUUGGCGAGUCUGGUGAGCGAGUCGAAGGACAAAUUCAUCGGAGAGCUCUUCGAGAACUCCAACCACUCCAAAGACACCAAGCAGAAGGCCGGCAAACUGAGCUUCAUCAGUGUAGGCAACAAAUUCAAGACUCAACUGAAUAUUCUUCUGGAAAAGCUGCACAGUACUGGUUCAAGUUUUGUCCGCUGUGUGAAGCCCAAUCUGAAGAUGGUCAGCCAUCAUUUUGAGGGCGCUCAGAUUCUGUCUCAACUACAGUGCUCAGUUAGGAUCGAUGGGCUGGUGAAGGCACGUAACCUGAAGAAGAGGAUGGAGAAGCUGAAUGAGGUGGUGUCUGGACUAAAGGAGGGAAAACAGGAGAUGAGCAAACACAUGCAGGAACUCGAUUCCUCUAUCAACGCCCACAUACUCAAGAUAAAGAGCACUGUAAUGAGCCGCAUAGACAUCGACCAUGAGCACCAGGCUCUGGUCACUCGCUCGCAGGAGCUACUCAGCGCCAUGCAGAAGAAGAAGCAGGAGGAGGAGGAGAUGGAGCGUCUGAGACGCAUCCAAGAGGAAAUGGAAAGAGAGAGGAAUAGACGUGAGGAAGAGGAGCAGAAGCGCAAACAAGAGGAAGAGGACAGACGCCUGAAAGCCGGGAUGGAGUUGAAGAGGAAGCAGGAAGAAGAAGAGCGCAAGAAAAGAGAGGAGGAGGAGAGGAGACUGCAGGAGGAGAUGGAGCUGCAGCUGCAGGCGGAGAGGGAGCAGGAGACGGCCCGACAGCCCGUGCUGGAGCAAGAGCGGCGAGACCGAGAGCUGGCCCUGCGGAUCGCUCGGAGCGAGGCUGAGCUCAUCCCAGAGGAGACGCCCGUGGAAGCCGGACUGCGCAGUGUUGCACCACCACCACAAAAACUCAAGAGCUUGACCAUGGAGGAAAUGGCCAAGGAAAUGUCUGAUCUUCUGGCUCGAGGUCCACAGGUGACUGCCACAAAUGCUCAAGCUGAUGUGAAGAAAUAUGAACUCAGCAAGUGGAAAUAUGCUGAAUUACGGGACGCCAUCAAUACAUCCUGUGAUAUCGAGUUGUUAUCUGCGUGUCGUGAGGAGUUUCACCGCAGACUGAAGGUCUAUCACGCGUGGAAGUCAAAGAACAAGAAACGCAACACUCAGGAUGAGCAGAGAGCACCAAAAGCCAUCACAGACUAUGCCCAGCAGAACCCGGUUGUGCCUGUGGUGCCCCGGCAGCAAGAGAUCGUCAUGAACAGACAGCAGCGCUUCUUUCGCAUUCCCUUCAUCCGACCAGGAGACCAAUACAAAGACCCUCAGAACAAGAAAGGAUGGUGGUAUGCACACUUUGAUGGGCCUUGGAUUGCCAGACAGAUGGAGCUGCACCCGGAUAAACACCCCAUUCUGCUGGUGGCAGGUAAGGAUGAUAUGGAGAUGUGUGAGCUGAGUCUGGAGGAGACCGGUUUGACUCGGAAGCGUGGUGCUGAGAUUCUGCCGCGCCAGUUUGAGGAGAUCUGGGAACGCUGUGGAGGAAUUCAGUACCUUAAAAACGCCAUAGAGAGCAGGCAGGCCCGACCCACGUACGCCACUGCCAUGCUGCAGAGCAUGCUCAAAUAAACACACACAUAACAGCUCUAGUUCCAUAAGGGAAUCUACCAACUCCUACAUAACCAGCACUGACUUUCAUUUAGUUCUUCUUUUUUUUUUUAGUCUUUUAAUAUUCUU